CCCAGGCGCGACGCGCUGCAGCUCAACAAGGCUACUUUUAGCCAAGGGUGGUUGAACUAAGCCUUCGCGGAUCAAGGUGGUUGUACCGUUGUCAACCGUAGGGCAGUCCGUGUGCGGUGUAGGAAUCUGGGCCCUAACGGGUCUCCGUAGUUGCCUUUCUAUAGUGGGCGGGGCCGAGGCCGGGGUGACCCUGCCGGAGCCGCCGCUGCCAGCGACAUGUUCAAGAUAAUUCAGAGGUCCGUGGGGCCAGCCAGCCUGAGCCUGCUCACCUUCAGAGUCUAUGCAGCACCAAAAAAGGAUGCGCCUCACAAAAAUUCCAUGAAAGUUGAUGAGCUUUCACUCUACUCAGCUCCCGAGGGUCAAUGUAAAUAUGUGGAGGAGCCGAGGACUCAACUUGAAGAAAGCAUCUCACAGCUCCGACAUCAUUUUGAGCCGUAUACCAGUUGGUGUCAGGAAACAUACUCCAAAACUAAGCCCAAGAUGCAAAGUUUGGUUCAAUGGGGGCUAGAUAGCUAUGAAUAUCUCCAAAAUGCACCUCCUGGAUUUUUUCCAAGACUUGGUGUUAUUGGUUUUGCUGGCCUUGUUGGACUCCUUUUCACUAGAGGUUCAAAAAUAAAGAAGCUUGUGUAUCCACCUGCUUUCAUGGGAUUAGCUGCCUCUAUCUAUUACCCACAACAAGCCAUUGCAUUUGCUCAGGUCACUGGAGAGAAGUUAUAUGACUGGGGUUUACGAGGAUACAUAGUCAUAGAAGAUUUGUGGAAGGAGAACUUUCAGAAGCCAGGAAAUGUGAAGAAUUCACCUGGAAAUAAGUAGAAAACUCCAUGUUCUGCCCAUUUUAAUCAGUUGUAGGUAAACAGUGGAAACUCCAGACAGUAAAUCAGUAUUUCUACAGAAAAAUGGCAGAGAAGUCAGUAUUGAAUAUAGUAAACUGGCCUUCUUCUUCAGGAAAAUCUAUAGUAGGCCUUUUCAUUAUCUUGGGUAAUGCCAUACUACAAGUGGACUAAGCUGAAAUCCUUUUACCUGGAGAUAAUGUACAAGCCUUAGAACUCUUAUUCUCAUGUCACUAUUUAUGUACAUAAUUAAAAUCCAAAUUAAAAAAAA